AUGGAAGCCACGAAAUACGCAUGUGAUCACUGGUGGGUAAGAAAAAUCAUGUCGUUGGUUCGAGGAUUACAAGAUGAAUACCGUGGAGUGCAGGGUCAUUUUCAACUGACAGCAAGGAAUUUGAACACUAGCAACGUAAGUCCCUACCGCGCUGGAAUCCUGCAUUCUCAUGCGAUGUUUGCACGAAACUAUUGGGUGCAACCGCAAUCAAUGGGCUGCUUACGCCUCCUGAGUACUGCCAGGACACCUGUCAGGAAACAAUUCAAGAAGGUGUUGGUUGCAAGCCGAGGAGAGGUAGCGCUUCGAGUUUACCGAACACUUCGCGAACUUGAAAUUGAGUCCAUCGGAAUCUACGCCUAUGAGGAUCGUUUCUCGCAACAUCGACAGAUGGCAGACAAAUCGUUUUUGGUUGGCAGAGGUCUCGAUCCUGUUUCGGCGUACCAGGAUUUGGACGAGAUCAUUAAUUUGGCGAAAGAGAAUGAUGUUGACGCCAUUCACCCAGGAAAUUGUAAUCUUGCGAAGCGGUCAGACUUUGCUCAGCAGGUCAUCGAUGCUGGUAUGUCAUUCAUCGGACCACCUCCUCCAGUGGUCGCUUGUGUGGCCGAUAAGUUAAUGGCUCGACAGUGCGCAUCUGGAGCGGAGUUGAAGGUUGUUCCGGGAACAACAGCUCCAAUAACAACGCCGGAGGAAGCAGUUAAAUUCUUUAAACAACUCAAUACACCUAUUAUUCUGAAACCUGCCUGUGGAUUCGGAGGUAUAGGGAUGACGCCUGUGGAAAGUCUGGCAAGGGUUGCUGAAGCAUUUGAGUAUGCAUCCAAGGAGGCGCAUGUGCGAUUCGGCGACGGUUCCCUCAUAGCUGAGAAGCUCAUCGAAAGCCCAAGGCACAUUGAAGUCCAAGUCUUGGCUGAUAAGUAUGGCGAUGUCGCGCAUCUUCACGAGAGGGACUGCUCAUAUCAACGACAGCACAGAAGAGUGCUGGAAGUUGCACCGGCCCGAGGGCUGGAUGACGGUAUUCGAUCAAAAUUGUUUGCAGAUGCUAUCGCCUUUAGUAGGCAGGUUGCUUACGAAAAUGCUGGUACUGUAAAAUUUCUUGUGGAUAUGAACGGAAACCAUUACUUUAUUGGAAUGAGUCCACGCUUGCAGAUGGAACACUGUGUUACAGAAGAAGUGACAGGGAUCGAUUUGGUGCAUGCACAAAUUCGUCUAGCGGAAGGAGCAAGUUUGGUCGAAUUGGGUCUGAAUCAGGAGAACAUCGUUCUCAGAGGUGCAGCUAUUCAGUGUCAGAUCACCAGUGAAGAUCCAGUUGAUUCAUGCAAGCCCAAAUCAGGAAGGUUGAAGGUUUACCGAAUUGGUUGUGGAUUGGGAAUCCGUAAGGAUGAAUUUGCAUAUGAUGGAGGCAACGUCAGCACCACCUACGGUCCACUUUUGUGCAAGGUGAUCUCUCAUGCGCCAACUUUUGUGGAGGCUACAAAAAGAAUGAUACGGUGCUUACGGGACACAAGGAUACGCGGCAUUGAGUCGAAUGUCUUGUACUUAAUAAACAUACUAAAGGAUCCUAUGUUCACGGAAGGUGUAGCACACACGUCAUACAUAGAAGAGAACCCAUCAUUGGCGGAAAUAAUUCCUCCCCGAAGCAGAGGUCUCAAAUUGCUCAGAUAUAUGAGCGAAGUAAAGGUGAAUGGCUCAUUCUCACCACUCGGAGUCCCUAAUGCCAAAAUCUAUCGUACACCGCCGGAUACGCCACAACCUGAAGGAGGUGCACCUCCGAAAGGCUUGAAACAAAUCCUCGAUAGCGAAGGACCAGCUGGUUUCGCAAAAGCUUUGCGAGACCAUAAAGGCCUACUCAUAACCGAUACGUCAUUCAGGGAUGCUCAUCAGUCACUGUUGGCCACUAGAGUUCGGACGAAGGAUCUACUAAGAAUUGCUCCUCACAUCACUCACCACAUGAGUGGAUUAAGAUCUAUUGAGAAUUGGGGAGGUGCUACAUUUCACGUCUGCAUGAACUUCCUCUACGAAUGCCCAUGGGAGAGGUUGGAGGCGUUACGAAAAGCUAUUCCUAACGUCCCAUUCCAGUGCAUAUUUCGCGGCGCUAACGCUUUUGGAUACAGUAAUUUUCCAGACAACUACAUCAAUGAAUUUUGUAAAUUAGCCGUACAGUCUGGAAUGGACAUAUUUCGAAUAAUGGAUUGUUUGAAUUAUAUACCAAACUUAAUAUUUGGUAUAGAAGCAGUCGCAAAGGCUGGAGGUGUGAUAGAAGCAGCAAUUGCAUAUACCGGUGACGUCACUGACCGAAAUGCAACCAGAUACAAUCUUCAGUACUACAUGAACCUCGUCAAUGAACUUGUGAAAGCUGGAAUUCACAUUUUAGCAAUCAAGGACAUGGCUGGUGUACUACAUCCUUCUGCUGCUCGUCUCCUGAUUGGAAGUAUACGAGAAAAAUAUCCUGACCUACCAAUCCAAGUUCAUACUCACGACACGGCGGGAACAGGCGUCGCUUCGAUGAUUGCUGCUGCCGAGGCAGGUGCUGACGGUGUUGAUGGAGCAAUUGAUAGCAUGAGUGGAAUGACCAGCCAGCCGAGUUUGGGUGCAAUUGUGCGCAGCAUGGAAUAUACGCCAAAAGCAACCGGGUUGAAUUUGGAAGCCAUUUCAAAAUACAAUCGUUAUUGGGAACAGACUCGUCGACUAUAUGCCAACUUCGAAUGCACUGACACAUUGAAGAGCGGCACAUCAGAUGUGUUCGAGCAUAAUAUUCCUGGAGGACAGUACACUAACCUGCAAUUUCAGUCAUACUCGCUGGACCUGGCAGAUCAAUUCCCAUUGGUCUGUAAAAAUUAUGCAAGAGCUAAUGAAGCUCUCGGAGAUAUAAUUAAGGUUGCACCGUCAUCAAAGGCUGCAGGAGAUUUGGCGCAGUUCAUGACACAACAGGGGAUUUCUUCUUGCGAACAUUUGGAGAAACAUGCGGAGAAGUACGCACUUCCUAAGAGCGUACAGGAUUUUUUCGAGAGAAAAUUGGGACAACCCGCAUAUGGUUUCCCAAAAUCAUUGCAGGAGAAAGUGCUUCGUGGAAAAAAACCGAUCACUGGUCGACCAGGGGCAACUCUCGAACCUAUGGAUUUUGAUUAUCAACGAAGAAAGCUUGAGAAGAAGCAUGAACUUGUUUUUAGAAUGCAGGACGUUUUGUCAUCAGCCAUGUUUCCGGAGGAAUUCGAUCAAAUGGUGAAUUUUCGUCGAAAAUACGGUCCAGUAGAUCUUCUUCCAACUGAUGUGUUCUUCUCUGGGCCUGAGCAUCAGCAAGAAUUAGAAAUUGAACUGGAGCAUGGUAAAACGCUAAUAAUCCGACUGACGAGCAUCGGACGAGUGAACUCAGAUGGAGAACGGCAAGUUCAUUUCGAGUACAACGGACAAGAACGAAGUAUUUUCGUUCUGGAUCGAGAAGCAGCACAGAAAAGGAUGGAGUAUCCUAAAGAACAGAAGGGCGACCUGAGUCAGCAUGGCGCUCCAAUGAAAGGAGUAAUAUCAAUUAUUAAAGUAAAACAAGGAGAUGAAGUAGCAGUCAGUCAGUUGUUAUUCACCGUGACAUCUAUGAAAAUGGAGAUUGCUGUAAAGAGCAAGACUUCCGGGAAAGUUAGAAGUAUUCUACAUCCUAAGGGAGCUUUUGUGGAAGCUGGCGACGUUGUGGUGUUGAUUGAUCCAAGCUGA